CGGUUGUCAUAAUGCGUUGUUGCAGCGCCGUUGUGUUGUGUCCCAUCGUCGUCGCCGCCGCCUGCGUCGUGUUUGAAAUAUGAUCAACAACCGUGCGUUCACCACCAAGUAAGCGACUGGUAAUCAAAGUAGUGCAUAUUAUUAAAGAGCGGAACGGGUCUAUAGUGUACGUCGGGAAGGUGUUCUUUUUAGCACCCACGACUGGUGGUACACAGAUUUCGUAGCUUGAAACUUGAUCACGAUCGUCACGAACACCGGUUGCUGCGAGGAAGAUGGUGUUUGCGUGCUUAGUGUUCUUGAAUUCGAUCCACAUAUAGGAAUUCCGUGAGCAUUGGUACAACUUGAUCAUCUUGGCCUUGUGGGUGUGUACGUUGAGUCGUACUGUGAAGCUGCUAUUACGAUUUGCCGAUCGUGGAUCGUGGCGGUGUUUCGGAAUAAUAGAAAGUGAUCGAAUGCGAAGUACACAUGAAAUUGUCGCUGGCGCGCGAAGCAAUUGAUUCGAACAGCAAAACAGCAAACCCAACUACCGAAUCGAAAAGUGUGUUUAUGAAAGUGAUUGAGAAGCGCAUACGAAAGUGAGAGUCAAGUUUACCUAAGUGCCGAUUCCGAUGGCGGUUGAAUUCCGAUCAGCCCCGAAGAAAGUGGACCAGCAAUUAAUAAAACUGUUUUGCGUUUUCUCAUUUCCCGUGCGUGUGUGACAUCUGAUCGUUUCGAACGGAAGUGAAGCCGAAUGAGUUUUAGUGGUUCUUUUGUCUAAAAUUUGAGUUUCCAACCAACGAAAGUUUCAUUUCCUAAUGUUCGCAAACACUCAGUGCAAAUGAGAGUUUUCAUUUCAAUGGCUCAUUUCUGAUGGACGCAAAAAAGCUCGUAAAAGUUGUUGAUUGAACUGAAUGAAGUUGUACGGGGAAUGUUGUACCUCCUUUAUUGACUUUCGUCUUAUUUAAGACAACAAUCCAGCAGCGGAGAUUGUUUUGACUGGCUCACGUCAUACGCUCUGCCUGCUCCCCACGAAUAAUAUAUGGACGAAACAGUCUCUCACUGACUGGCUGGUUACCAACCAGACUAACAGACAGGCUUGGGUUGGAAGGGUGGCAAGCACAGAGCCAGAACGGAGUCACAUCUGACGAUGACUCAUCGCUCGUGCUGACGGUGAAGGAGGCAGAAAAAAUAGCUUUUUGCCACGGUAUAAGGAACUUUGGAGGGCUGCUUAUUGCUCACCCGAGCUUGCAAUUAUAAUUGCAGGUCGUUCGGCAAAGAUCAUCGUCCCAUGACUUCGAGAAUGUUCUGAAGAAUCAUAGAGCGAAAAUAACUGCUUGCUAAGGAUAUAAAAAUGACUAAAACGAUCACUUUAAAGUGUGGAAAACAGUGAAAAACCUUGGACGCUGCUUUUUGGUAAAGCAAAUUAAACGGAGCCUACGUUGCAGUUGAUAGUUUUCGACCGAUCUACUGGCAAUCAGUUCCAUCAUUGGCUACGGUAAAGCUAGAACGGUGGCCUUCCACAACGAAGCGGGAGAGCGCCGCUGGGUGCGACAGGCAGUGAUGGGGGUCCUUCGAUGGCGGGAUCUGCCCGGAAACAGAAGUUCCGUUAGCAGCAACACCAGCUCCAGCACCACCACAACCAGCAUCAGCAAUACCAAUGCCAACAGCAUUAACAACAAUCGAAUUGAGAAUUCCCGUGAAGAACGAAUCUCCAAUCCGCACGGCAACAACAAUGACCCGACGAACAAUCUCACCGUUCAAAUUCCACAGCAGCAGACAAGAACCCUACUGCGGCACUCGAAUUCGAUGUCCUCGAAUCCGCACUCGAACUCAAGCUCGACGCCCGCUUCACCGCAUCUGCUGUCGAACAGCAGCAGUGGUCAACUUCACCACACACUCUCGAAUGGCAGCUCGCUGCACCAUCAUCCGCAGUACCAGAGCCAAUCGUCUGUAAGUUCCCAAAGUUCGUCGAUAAUAUCGGCAAUCCCACCAUUGCAGCGAUUACUGGAGGAUCAUCUUAGUAAAUCGGCCCCCUAUCCGAUGAUUGUGGUACCGAACAGCGGCGGUUACUGGGUAGAUGGGACCGAUCACGAUGCUGGCUAUGAUAUUCCAUCGCACACGACAUGGCGCGUUGGCAAGAUUGAGUCAGACGAUACGGCCAAAUGUUACCGACGGUUUUUCAUCUCGCGGGAGCAUUCUAACCUGGUCGGGCAUGAUGAUCAACUCGGUCCAGUACUGCUCUCGAUCAAAUCGGAAAACGUAGCAAGUCAGGAUCACAUUCGACUGCUGCUUCGAUUGCGGACAGGGACUAUGCAUGAAAUAAUUCCUGCAUCGUGUCUCGGUUCGAGUCCUUCUCCGAUCAAAAUGGCACGACUGCUAAACGAACAGAUUAACGUUGACAGUUUCAUGCCCGUACUGUGUCCCAAAGCGUCCACACUAAUCGCUAGUUACGACGAACACGUGCUGGUGACGAAUUUCAAAUUUGGUAUUCUCUACCAACGCUACGGCCAGACCGCCGAGGAGGAGCUCUUCUGCAACAGUGAUACAACGCCAGCGUUCGAAGAAUUCCUCGAUCUUCUGGGUCAACGGAUACGACUUCGUGAUCACAAAGGCUACCGAGGAGGUCUGGACAUACAAAACGGUCACACCGGUGACACUGCAGUAUACGAAGUGUUCAAAGAGCGAGAGAUUAUGUUUCACGUGUCGACGUUACUACCUUACACUGAGGGCGAUCCUCAACAGCUGCAGCGGAAACGACACAUUGGCAAUGACAUUGUGGCAAUAGUAUUCCAAGAAGAGAACACUCCAUUCUCGCCGGCGAUGAUUGCGAGUCAUUUCCUUCAUGCAUUCAUCGUCGUUCAACCGUUGGAGCCCAACACGCCCAACUGCCGGUAUAAGAUUUCAGUGACUGCCCGAGAUGAUGUUCCGUUUUUCGGACCGACGCUUCCUCAACCAUCAGUAUUCAAAAAGGGACCUGAGCUAAAGGAAUUUCUUUUGACGAAACUGAUCAACGCCGAAAACGCGUGCUACAAAGCGGACAAAUUCGCCCAGCUAGAACUACGCACGAGGACUUCCUUGCUGCAGAAUUUAGUCGAUGAGCUGAAGGAGAAAACGAGGGAUUUCCUGGGAGCGGAUCUGCUGGGGGCUCCCAUAUCACCCACUCCGGAGACGCCCAAGUCUGAGGGUGGAUUCACCGGAUCACGGUUCAUCGAUACCGUCAAGAAGGCACUGAACGCUCGACUGCGAUCGCAAAAUUCCGACCCAACCAAUGGUGUCGAUUCCAACAAUCCAAAGCAUCAAAACUCAAUCAAAAAGUCCAAGGAGAUGUCGGAUGCUCCAUACGGAAGCGGACAAAAUGUUAAUAUUGGUCGGUCGCUGUCUAAGAGUAGUACGACUGGUUCGAGAAAGUCGCCUAACGAUUCGGUAGCCUCCUCGCCGGACAUUACAUCGCGCUGUUCACUAAAUCCGAAUCCGAUCAACAAUAACAACAACAAUAGCAACACAGCCAACAAUAACCAUUGCGUAAACAGUGGCAAUCAUGUUUCGAAAAAUCACUCCAACAACAAUAAUAAUGCCAACAACAACAAUAAUAAUGGUCCAGUAGCGAUGUCCGAAACCAGUGACGAUUCCAGCCUGAACAGUGUCGAUCUGGAUCCAAUGGUUUUCCCAAAUGUAGAUGCCGGAGCGACCUACAUCGACAGUGAUACGGGCUUGGAGUCUAUGUCGUCGGCAGACGCAACUACGAAGGCCUGUUCGCUGUGUCUGGACGGUGAUCGGGCGGAGCGUUCCACGAACGGUGGAGGAAGUGUGAUCAGUGUCAGCGUCGGUACCGGAAGCACCGGCGGUGACAGUACGCGAGAUCUGCGCAGUAGCACCGGUAGCAGCGGUGCUACGACGGCAAACUGUGCCGGCACCGGCACCGGUGUUAUUACCGGCGGAAGUGCCAGCGGCGGAGGUAACGGUGCUGUUGUUAAUGGAAUUGGGAUUCUGCAGACGCAGGAACUGCUACAGCAGGUGGAUGGAUUUAAGCAGGAAAUUACCCGACUUAAGUGUGAUAAGCUGGAUCUACUGAGGCAGAAUGUGACUUGCCAGCGAGACAUCAAGCGGCUGCGGGAGCGCGAGCUGUCUUUACAGGGAGACCUUGCAGCGGCCGGUAAGGAAAUCCUUCGACUGCGUGAUCUGCUGAAAGAGUACAUGCCCACGGCGGCUGCGGAACCGAUGUAAAUUGGUGUACCAAAUAAAAAUACCAAAAAGAAAAACCACCACUACCCACCACCACCCAUCAUCACCCCAGCUACGCUGUAAAACUGCUGUGUAGUGCACACGGAUUGACAUUGAUGUUGGCACUUUAUCCAGUAGGACUACCGAAUAUCCACCACUUAUUGGAGAGCGUCGAGAAGCAGAAUAGAAACCCUCCGGCCAAAAUGGCCACCGAAUAGUGAUGUAAUCUCAUUCUCACCUUGUCCUAUGUUCGUUUUUUUUUGCGCUGCUACUUCUAUUAUUUCUACUCAUUAGAUGUUAGUUUUCCCUUCAAGGUCUAUUUCUCUUGUUGAUUAAAAGAGAGACAAGUUAUACGUUUUGUGUAAAAAGUUUGUUCAUAUCAGUAUAAUUCUAUUUAUUUCAAAGCUUUCCCGUAACUACUUAGUUUGUAUUAGGUCCUUUGGUUUUCUCUGCCUCGUUUCUCCAUUUUGUCAAUUUCAUUGUUAACCCUACCAUGGAAUUGUGUUAACUAUAUCGAAGCGACAAAAGAGAGUGAGAAAGGGGCACUUAUGAAUGUAAACUAUUUAAUGUUGCACAUUAGACUACAGCCAACCGAUGAUAUCCUUUUGAGUUAAAAAAUGAUUUGAUUUGUUUUCUUUAGCUCUGGUUGAUGCUUCAUCAAAUAAAACAAAAUAUAUAUUAUGUGUAAAUAUAUGUGUUUUUGGCCUGCCGCUCGUUAUCUCAGUGUUGGCGAAGAGAAGGAAACAUUCGUUCGCUUUUACUGGAACUGAAACUCAAAUCAGUUAGGUACUUUUGCUUUGGUCUUUGACUGAAAGUAGGACAAAAAAAAGCGCUGUAAAUGUCAAUUACCAUUUAUAUAUUUAUACUAUACUAUACGCGUAGAUGCAUUAGUAAGUAGAUCAUAUUUAGUAAACGUAUUAUAUUACAAGACCGGACUAAGCGUUGAAUCAAAGCAGAGAUAUUUUAAAACAAAAUGUUGUUCAUUUUAAGUGUAAAGUCAAAGGAAAAGUUUUAAAACGGGCUAUUAUUAGAGAAUCGUGCUUUUUAUGUUACGAGAAGCAGCAAUUUUAUUUGAAAAAAAAGUGAUGGCAAACCAAAACAAACCAAAAAGCAAACCCUAAAAACAGUGAAAAACCAAUCCGAGCGUCAAGAGAGGAUCGAUUAAACCUAGCAGAUGUUUUUCUAGCUUUUAGUAAAUACCGUUUAGUUUACCCAGAUUAAAUAUUAAUGUAUAAAUGCAUGGAAGCAAACAAGUUUAACCUCUACACGUGCAAUACAACACAACUUCAACGACUAAAUGGAAACAAGAAAUUAUGGAGCGAAAUCUUUCUGGCCUUAGAGUGAACUUUAGGAAAUUGAAAUUCAAAAAAAAAACGAUUUUAGUACCCCAAGACUACACUUAUAUCUGUUUUAGAUGAAAUCUUUAUCAAGAUAAAACUAAGAACUGUGCGAAAUAUACUGCCUUCAAUUUAAAUUUUUUUUGUACGAUAAAAAGUGUUUUCCAAACAGGUAAAAUGUUAUCAAGAAGUUGCAAGAGUAACCAGAAGUACUUUCAAACUGUUUCUAUCUAUCUCCGAAGGAGUUAGUGACACUUAAAGAAUUGAUACCAAAGUUAACAACAUUCCCAAAAAAACAAAACCUGCACAUGCAUACAAAAAUCUCUGCUUUUACUUUCACAUUCGAAAAAAAAAAUCAAACAAAAGCAAGUCAACAAUCAAUGAAAUAAACUAAUCAAAAACCAAAAGCAUAGAUCGUGCACACAACAUAAGAUAAACACAAAACCGCACACAUAGAUCGCAACAUAAUUUGAUGUCAGUAAGCAGGCAAAAAUAUCCAGUGUUAUAAAUGAAACAUUUCUGUCUGAAUAAUGUAUGCUGAAGCUGAUUGUUGGUAGUAAAUAAAAUUAAAACGCUCUACAUCUCUAUCCAGUAUAGCAAAGGACUAAGGAAACAAAGCGAAACGCAAAAUCAAGAAGAAGGACAUCCUUUGAAAACGUACCGAAUGAAAAAGCAUGGAAUAUAUAUAUAUUUUAAACAACUGUAUUAGAGAGAAA